AUGGCGCUGUUUCUAGGGUUGCUGAGGAGGACGCACUUGCUCUCGCGCCAAACGCUUUCGGCUUCCGGGUGGCUUGGUUCGGUUCAGCCGCUUUGCCGUGGGAUGAGGCGAUGCCCGGGCUUGGUUUUGGGGAUUAUUGGUAGAUCUGCAGCGGCCAGGUCUCUGGCUACUAGGAGCUUGGCCUUCAAGAUAUCAGUGUGCUUUUUGAAUGCAAUGCUAGAGGUGAACGGAAAAGUGAGUAGGUCUUAUGGCUUUCCUUCUGCUGCCCAAAAGAUGGAUACUCUAAAUGACUUACUUGCUGCGAGUGACCUCAUUUCGCUUCAUUGUGCUCUGACAAAUGAAACAAUUCAGAUUCUCAAUGCUGAAUGUUUACAGCACGUAAAGCCUGGAGCAUUUCUUGUAAACACGGGUAGCAGUCAGCUGUUGGAUGAUUGUUUUGUGAAACAGCUUUUGAUUUAUGGAACUUUAGCUGGGUGUGCUUUGGAUGGUGCUGAAGGGCCGCAAUGGAUGGAAGCAUGGGUAAAGGAGAUGCUCAAUGUAUUGAUACUUCCGCACAGUGCAGAUUAUAGCGAAGAAGUAUGGCUGGAGAUAAGGGAGAAAGCAAUAUCCGUAUUGCAGACAUUCUUCUUUGAUGGGGUUGUUCCAAAAAAUGUUGUAUCUGAUGAGGAUGAGGAGGAAAGUGAAAUAGGUGAUGAAAAUGAACCCUCUGAUAAACUGGAGCAAGAAAAUCCCUUACAGCUAACCCUUGUUCAGCAAUUAACUGAUGUUAGUCAUGCAAGUCCAGAAAGCUCCCUGAAUAAAGAAACCAAUCAAUCCAAGUCUCCUAGCCAGCAAGGUUUGGGUUUGUCUCAAAAUUCAACUACUCGGUCUGAUGGAAGACGAAGUAGAUGA